AUGACCUAGAAUGUAAUAGUUGGAGCUAUUAAAAUUAAAGAUGGUUUAUUUAUUGGAGAUGAAUAUGCAUCAUAAGUUACAUAUUUCUAUAAUUAAGGAUCGAGAAUUCAUUGUGAAUAACAAAGUAACACAUAUUAUCAAUUGUUCUGGUACAGAAGUUUAAAAUAAAUGGACUAUGAUGAAUGUUAAAUAUCUUACAUUUAAUUGGCUUGAAUAAGAUAAUGAAGUAAAACAUUCCAUUAAUAGAUAAAGGUUUUAUUUGAUGAAAAAAAUGAAAAUGUAAAUAAAAUAUAUACAUUCAUUGAAGAGUGUUUUCAAUUAGGAGAAAGUACUUUAGUGCAUUCACUUAGAGGUUAAAGUAGAUCUUGUUGUGUAUUAGCUGCUUAUUUUAUGAAAAAGUUUGUUAAUUAAAAUAAAUUAUAAGGUAUUCAUGGACGCUCUAUAAAACACUCGAAUACUUAAAUUCACGUAGACCUGAUCUUGAAAUUAGAGCAUCUUUUUUUUAUUAAUUAAAUGCUUUAGAAUCCAAAAUGAAUAAGUUUGGACCUAAAAGAACUGCCUCAUGGAAUGAAUUAACUUAAGAUGAAUAGAAUCCAUAAUAGCUUUAAGAAGAAUUAAUUAUAAGAAAUACAUUUCUCAAUUCUUAAAAUGGACCUGUUGAUGAUAUCUAUACUAAUUUAUAAUCUAAAAUUGUAUUAAAUCAAUAUUUAUUAUAGUAAGUCUUAGGAAAAAUUUAUAAUCAAAAAAUUAAAUGGAAGGAUUAAUUAAACAUAGAAAAUACACAAUUAGCCACUUUAGUCUAUACAGGAUCCCUUGAUAUUAUAUCUAGUUCUGAUAUUAGAAUAAAAGAAGAAAAUGAUUGUUAAUCUAUUUUAAAAGUAAUUUUAUCAUUAUCAUUAGGGAGUUUAAAAAACUACUUUAAAUUAACCUGCAAAAUAACCAUAAAUUUAACAUAGUUUUACAAAGUGUAUUAAUGUAAAUAAAAAUAAUUGUAAAUAACUUUAAUAAGAUGAAUGUGAAUCUUUUAAAUAAAAUCAAUAAUAAAUGAGCAAUAAUUAAUCCUUUUAAAAUUUUCUUAUGAAUUGUACAUAAAAAUAAAAGUGUAAUUCAUAAUAAGAAAAAAAGACUUAACUCAUAUCAUCAGAAUCAAUAUAAAAUCCUUAACUUAUAAACCAACCAAGUGGAGUAAGAAGUACAUCUUUAUAAUAAAAUGAUGAAAAAAAAAAUCACAUUGAUUUCACAAAUAAUCGUCCAAGUUCUGUUAAAUAAAAAGAUACCUCUCCAUCAAUCUUAAAUAAUUUUUAAGAAUUUAAAAAUUAAGUUUAAUAAUCAUUAAAUUAUUUUAAUAAUCAAUCCGAAACUAUUUUAAAUAUCGAUAAAAAUUUAACAAAUGUUAUUUAAUUCUAAUAAUAACAACAAAAAUAAUAAUAAUAAUAAUAAUAAUAAUAAUAAUAAUAAUAAUAAUAAUAAUAAUAAUAAUAAUAAUAAUAAUAAUAAUAAUAAUAAUCUUAAAAUAAUAUUUCAAACUUAUAAAUUAAUUCUAAAUAGUAAUAAUAAUAAUCAACCUAAUCUUAUUCUUAACAAAAGAAUAAAUUAGAUUAAUUAAUUAGUCCAACAUUGAUUUCAACUAUGAGUUCAACAAAACAUUCGGAAAUAUAAAAAACCUUAACUUAAUCUAUAUCAUAAUUGUAAUCAAGCUAUUAAAAAUUUUAACAAUUACAGAUGAAAAAUCAAAAUAAACAAUCAUAAUCAACAACUCAAAUAUAAUAAUAAAAUACUAAUAAAAAUUCAACAGAAAUAAGUAAUAUUAAUAUUGCAAAUAUAUCAAAAAUUUAAGAUCGAAAUAAUUCUCUAAUAAAAAAAGGAGAAGAAUUAGAUAGUAAAAAUAGACCUAAUAGUGCUGAUAUUAAAGAUUAAUAAAAAAACAAUAAUACAGUAUAAAAGAAAGAGAGUUAAUCACCAUUUCAUAAAGAUCCAAUUAAGAAGUUGCAUUAAUAUGGUCCUCCUUUGCCUUAAUCAAACUCUUAAAUCUAUCUUAGGAAUGUGUAAUCUAGAAGAUAAGCUGCAUCUACUCUAAGAAAUUAGUAGAAACCAAAUAAUUCUUUUUAAGAUAAAUAUUUAAACUAAAGUGCAAAUUAAGUAUAGAAUAAUAGUAGUUUUAACAAUAAUAGUAAUUAAAAUAUAGAUGCUGAUUCUAAAAUAAAACAAAAAGCAGUUUAAGAAUUAGUUUCUGAUGUUAAUCAUCUUAAAAAAUUAAUAUCACCUUAAAGUUUAACAAAAAGUUAAGCAUAAUUCUUAAAAAAUUAACCUAUAAGGGUAUUAUAGGAAUUGACAGAAAAAACUUAGAGCAUUAAACAAAUGUAUGUUUAUAUAAUCGAAUAAUUAGUAAAGGAAAGGAUAAUAUUUAAUCUGUAGGUAUAACUUUAGUGUAAAAGCCAUCAACAGUGAAUACAAGAACAUUCUCACCAGCAAUUAAAAGUAUAUAUUUUAAUUAACAAUUUUAUAAAGAUGAUUAAAAAUGCAAAAGUAGUCAUGUUUGCAAUCCUUAAAACUUAAGAUAAAAGAUAAGGAAUUAUUCACCUGGUAAGAAUAUAUUUGAUUUUAGGUUUAAAUAAAGAUUAAGAAAGUUCAAAUUCUUUUUCAUAUUCUAAUAAUACAAAUAUUUCAAUACCAAAUAAGAAUAGUUGGAAAAUGCUAUGA